AUGCAUAUCAAGGGAACUAUGGAGUUAAACGAGGUCGAGAAACAGGGGGAAAUGAAAAUGGUGGAAAUAGUGGAGCAAGGAGAAGAAGUCGAACAGCAGUUGCACGAUGCUGGCCCGGUUGAAGGACCCGAGGAAAUGAUAAUUCCUACUGAUAGAGAGGUGGAGGAGGCUGAUGUGAACACUGAGGAACCGAGAGUUAAGGCGACUGUUACUACGGAAGCAGAGCAACUAGUACUUACCGCGGAAGAGGUUGAAAGACAUUUGGCUGCAACCGUGUCUGAAGCCGAAAGAAUGGAAUUGGAUGUUGAGGCGCAGGAAUUUGAAAAUGGCAUGACGGUGAAUGAAGAGGAGAACCCCACUGAGAGGGCGGAAAUGGGCCCUGUUGAGGGCGUUGAAACAAACACAACUGUACCGGAGAAAAGAGAGGUGGUGAUUGUGACUGAUGAGGAGGAUGAGACUGAGAAGGUGCCUCUUCAUGCCGAGAUUGUUCAACCAGAGGCAGAGGCCGUUGUCUUCCUUACCUAUCAAGGGCGACCAGCCAGAGACGAGACUUCAGAGAAGAGGUUUGAAGAGGAACAACCUAGACAGACCCCGAGACAGAAAAUAAGGGAGACUGUGGAAAGCCCAACAAGGAGUACAGCUGGCGUGCCUCGCCGUAGAAGGAGACUCAUCAUUGUUGAGGAACCUGAUGAGGAGGAAGAUGUUUUCUUCUCACCGAUGGAUGCGCGGCCUAGUCAGGUACAACCGGAUGCCCCAUAUGAGGCAAAUGAUAGUGAAAGAGAAAGGAGAGAAAGAAAAAGGGAAGGGGAAGACCAUUGCUACUCCAGUAAAGAAGAAGCCAAGGCAGCCAUUAACAACCUUGGUGAUUCAAGAGGGAAGACAGAGAGUCGAAGAAAGAGAUUUUCAUGA